AUGGGAAACAAUAGUGUCUGCUUAGGAGAGAUCCAGAACAAUGCUCCUCGUCAAGGAUCUCCCGACACCAAAUGGAAAAGAGAAGAUCUAAAAUCAGGUUCAUGCGUUUAAACACUAAUGGAUAAAGAAAAUACUAAUUUCUUUAAGAUGGUCCAAUGUGGACCCUCGACACCUUACUAUAAAAAUGAACAUUCGGCAACAAGAUGGGCCCAAGCAAUCUCCACUUUGAAAUAUGUCGAUGACAUCCAAACUACCAUCAAUCUACUAUACAAUAGAUCUGAAUUCGAAGAACUAGUGCUUUUAGGACCACCCAAAUAGUAUAGAUGGGCUACUUGGAAGGCUCUUCUUACUAAUGGAUAAAUUCAAUUGUCGUACGAAAAGUAUCUGGAAUAUAUGCCAAUUGAUGAGAAAAGCAUUCUGAAAGAUAUUGACCGAACGUUGGUGAACCAUGCGUUAUUUAAACAUGAGAGUUGUGGCCAGGAAUAACUUAAAAGAAUACUCUUUGCCAUAUCAAACGCAUUGCCAGGAGUGGGUUAUUGUUAGGGAAUGAACUUUGUCUGUGCUCUAACUUUGAUUGUGUCUGGCUGCGAUGAACACAAGACUUUUCAAUGCUUUAUGUAAAUGCUAACCAAUGAAAAACACUUACUUUGCUUUAAUUUUUGUCAUGAUAUGCCAAUGCAUUUCUUCUUUACCAAAUUGAUACAUCAUUUAAUUCGCAAAAAGUUUCCUAAAUUGAAUCUGAAAAAUGUGAAUGAUUCACUUUGGAUAAGCAAAAUGAUUUUAUCGUUGUUUAUAUAUGUAUUUAAAUUAGAUGAUUGCAUUAGAUGUUGGGAUUAUCUGAUGGUAAGGGGAAUGAUUCGAGGGAUUCCUGAAUUAAUAUUAGGCUUCAUUGAUGUGACUUACAAACAACUUGAGUAAUUUAAAGAGGAGGAUUAUGGUUUUAAUUUUUAAGGCCAUGAAAGUAGCAUAAUCUAAUUCAAUGUUGGGGAAUUGAUAUAUGCAGCCAAAUAGAAACACAGCAUAGAUAGGUAGUUGAUCUCAAGAUUGGCUAUGAAAAUGAGAAAAAACAAGCCAUCAUAAUUAUUAGACUUGCUGUCUCAUUUCGAAAACAUCCAAACUUACAGAAAACAUGUUUAAUUUUAUAUGAAGACCAUAUUUGAUUUAUACUGA